UAAAAAUUCUUUUAUUGGUUUACAUACCUCUAUUUUUAUUAUUAUCCAUCCAUCUAGAGGGUGAUUUGUGAGGGAAUCUAAAUCAUUAUCUCGGAAAAUAUCAUCAAGGUAAUCGAAAUCUUUCUUCCAGCAAUCGUCUCGGUCCAAUUUUUAUUUCCAACCAUAUCAUCUUUUAUAAUUUUUAAUUAUAUCUUUUUUUCUAAGAAGUUUUUGAUUAUUUUUUUAGACAAAUUUAUAGACAAAAUUCAAUUAUUUUUUAUUUUUUAGACGGUUACAAAAAUUUGCUUUCAUUUAAUAAUUAAAAAAAUAUUUUUUCAAACAUCCUUCCAUAAAAAACAACAUUAAAUUAUUAAAAAAUAUGUCACCUUUAUCAUUCCGUGUAAAUGAAGAGUAUGCCCAAUUAUCUGAAAUAAUUCCUGGUUUAUUCAUUUGUGGUGUUAAUGGGCUUACAGCAUCGAAUAUUUGUGCUUUUCGAAUUCAAUUAGUCGUUAACUGUACACGAGAGGUUCCGAACCUUAAAUGUUUGGGACAAGUGCCAAGAAUGAAAUUAUGGGUUGAGGAUACUCCUGAAGAAGAUUUAUUUGCUCAUUUUGAUUUGGUUGCUGAUCAGGUAGAUAAUUGA